AAAGUGUAUUCUAGAUACAAAAUAGGUACCAAAGUCCCUCUUUAUUACAUCCUAACUGACAUAAAACAGUCAAAGCUUAGUCUGAUUUAUCUUUCUGACUGUUUUCUUCGGUGUUUUUUAAACCGUACAUGCAUAUUUUUCCAGGACGAAGUACUUGUUGUGACUCAGAACCUGUUUUACAUUGAAAACCAGAGUGAUAAGCAUCAGUUUUAUCUGUCAGUGGCAUCGAAGCGUGUGCAAACAUCUCAGUAAACAGAGCAAAAAAGUCUCCACAGGAAACCAGAUGCAUAUCACGCAUCUGCAGAGGCAUUGCACGCAUGCGUAAAAACAUCUCUGGUUUCUGCGGUUUCACGUCCUGUCUGACUGUGAUAACUACAGUUGCACGUGUAAGUGUCCCCUCACAAUCUCAAGCCUCCACAAAACGACUGAUAUCUGUCUGCAUCUGGUGGAACUCAAAGUUCCAGAGGAAAACUACCAACCUGAUGGCAUCCAGAAACGAGACACCAGGCAGUCUUGGUAAAGUAUCUAAGAAGAAAACACACACCUGUACCUAUUGUGGCAAGACUUUCACCAAAGCCAGUAUCUUUACAGUACAUGUACGUACCCACACCAAAGAGAAACCUUACAAGUGUGACGAUUGUGGGAGGCCUUUCAGCCGUACUGUAGACCUCAAAAUACACACACGCCUCCACACUGGAGAGGACCUACAGCACUGUGACCACUGUGGGAAGAAUUUUACCACAAUGAGUUCUUGGAGAAGGCAUCAACGGUUCCAUGUUGGAGAACCUACAUAUGAUUGUGACCUGUGUGAGCAGGUUUUCAGUCUUAUGAGCCAACUCAAAGCACACCAGCGCACUGUUCACUCUAUUAAAAAAAUGUACUGCUGCGAAGCAUGUGGGAAAGAAUAUUCUGCUCCUAGCUAUCUCAAAAGGCACCAGCUUGUCCACACUGGAGAGAAACCACACAGCUGUGAAGAGUGUGGGAAAGAUUUUUCCACAAAGGGGACGCUCAAACAACACCAACGUGUUCACAGUGAAGAGCGGCCAUUUAGCUGUGACGAGUGUGGGAAGGCCUUCACUAGAGCGAGCCAUCUCAAAUUUCACCAAUAUUCCCACACUGGAGAAAGACCAUAUGCUUGUGAUCUCUGUGGGAAGGUUUACAGAGCUCCAGCUGGCUUAUAUGUUCACCGCCUUAAACACACCAAAGAGCGGGUGAUCCCAUGUGAUGAGUGUGGAAAGAUAUUUCACUCAGUAAGUUCUCAUAGAUACCACCAGCUGAGCCAUCAACACUUUCACGCUGGGUGGACUCCACACAGCUGCGAUGAAUGUGGCAAGGAAUUUGCCUUAUCAUCCAAACUCCGAAUACACCAACGCAUCCACACAGGAGAGAGACCAUAUGUCUGUGACAAGUGUGGGAAAGGUUACAUUGAUGCAAGCACACUGGGAAAACACAUACGAACCCAUACUGGAGAGAAACCAUACAGAUGUGACCAGUGUGGGAAGACUUUCAACUUAAAUAGCCACCUGAAGCUCCACAAGCAUACUCACAGUGGAGAGAAACCCUUUACCUGUGACGAAUGUGGAAAGGCCUUCACUAGAGCGAGCCAUCUCAGAUUUCACCAGUACAUCCACACUGGAGAGAAACCAUAUAUCUGUGGCCAGUGUGGGAAGGCUUUCAUUGACCCUGGCACUUUGAGGAAACACCAGCUCUGCCAUUCUGCAAAGUCACACUUCUGUGACCACUGUGGGAAGGCUUUCACAACUGCAGCCUAUUUACGUGAGCAUCGUUUUAUCCACAACAAAACACCGGAGUUACCUUGUAAGAAGUGUGGAAAGAGAUUCUGGUCACCAGGUACUCUUAAAUAUCAUAUGCGUACCCACAGAAAACCUCAGUCAGACUCUGAGAUAGACACUUAGUCACUGGGUAUUACAACACCAAACAUGAACAUGUCAAAUAUGUAUAUGUCAGUGACAGGGGGUUUGAUUAAUGCCAGUGCAGACAAAAUGAGCAAGACACACUGGUAACCAAUGAAGAGAAGAUAAAUGAAGUAACAAAAGUUAAUUCUAGGGAUGAAGUAUGUUUGUGUUCUCCUCAGUGCCUCAGUGUUUUGCUCUUCUGUCAUGUCCAGGAUUUUGUUCUGUCAUUUUGUUCAGGUCUAGAAGAAUGCUAGUCCUGAAUGCAGUGCAGUUUGAGGGCUCUCCACUGUCAUCCUGACCCAUGUGGUUAUAGCUUAUUAAUCCUGUUCAUUAUUAUGAUCUCAUUGAUGUAAUAUGUUUUUGUCAUUAUUUCUACCAUGCAAUGCAGUGGUGGCCAAAAUUAUUAGAAGUAAUGACAAAUCUGAAGUUUUAACCACAAUCACACCUGACGAUCAAACAAUGAAUUUGAAUUCUUCUGCGAACGAACAUGAUUGUGCUAAAUAAAGGAAGGUUUCGUGGUUAUUUUUGUAAAAUUAUAUAAAUCUCCUUAUGAUGAAUCUAUUCUAUGUUUUAUAGAGCAUAAUGGUGACUUUGUAGGUAUUUCAUAUGUUUUAUGAGUAUUUUAACAGCCAAUUUAAAAAAAAAAACAAGCAAAAAAAAAAAAAAAAAAAAAAAAAAA